GCCGCGGAGCCACCGAGGGAACCAUGAGGAAGCUGCUGCCUCUGGGCUGCUGGCUGCUGCCGCUCUUUUGCAACUUCCAGGUGCGUGGCGCUGACUCCAGGUUCCAGGACCAUCCAGGGUUUGAGGUCUUGGCGUCUGCGUCUCAUUACUGGCCACUGGAGAGCGUGGAUGGGAUCCAUGAACUUCAGGACACGGCUGGAGCGUUGCGAACCCACAACCACACUGUGCUUCCUUCCCAUAACUCUACCCUUGUCUACACCAAUGAGUCUGCCUACUCAAAUUUCUCUGCGACCGUAGACAUCGUGGAAGGAAAGGUCAACAAAGGCAUUUACCUCAAAGAGGAGAAAGGCGUGACGCUGCUCUACUACGGCAGGUACAAGACUUCGUGCCUGAGCGACCCGGCGCAGUGUGGCCCUGACGGGGUCACCUUCUCCUUCUUCUGGAAGACGCGAGGAGAGCAGUCCAGACCCGCGCCGCCCGCCUACGGGGGACAGGUCGUGUCCGACGGCUUCAGGGUCUGCUCCAGCGGCGGCAAAGGCUCCGUGGAGUUGUACACGCGUGAGAACUCCAUGACAUGGGAGGCUACCUUCAGCCCCCCAGGGCCCUACUGGACUCACAUCCUGUUCACCUGGAAGUCCAAGGAGGGUCUGAAAGUGUACGUCAACGGGACCCUGAGCACCUCGGAUCCCAGUGGAAAAGUGUCCUAUGCCUACGGGGAGCCCAGCGUCAGCCUUGUGAUCGGGUCCGAGCAGGACCAGACCAAGCGUUACGAGAACGGAGCUUUCGACGAGUUCAUCAUCUGGGAGCGGGCCCUGACUCCGGACGAGGUCGCCAUGUACUUCACAGCCGCCAUUGGGAAGCAUGUUUUGCCGUCUUCAACCCUGCCCAGCUACUUCACGACUCCCGCGGCAAACGCCAUGGUGCCCACCGAUGCCUACCUGCCCGUCAUAACCAACCUGACGGAGGAGAGGAAGCGCUUCCAGCACCCUGCUGUGGUCCUGCCCUACCUGCAGAACGUGUCCCUCAGCCUGCCCGACCAGGCCCUGUCGGAGGAGAUGGCCCUGAACCUCACCCAGACCUUCCUGAAAGCCGUGGACCAGGUUCUUGGACUGCCCGGCUGGACCGCGGUGUCAGAGAGCAGCACCGUGGUGCUGGGCCUGAUGACUACCAUCGACACCGUCCUGGACCACAUCUCCUCCAACCUGCAGGUCAGCGAGUCCCAGGUCACCAUCGCCGGCUCGUCCCCCGUGGCAGACUUCUCCGUGGCUAAAGUCCUGCCCAGGACCAUGAACAUCUCCCACUACCGCUUCCCCGCGCAAGGACUGAGCUACAUCGAAAUCCCCCACGAGGCCCUGCACAGCCAAGCCUGGACCACCAUCGUGGGCCUGCUGUACCACACCGUGCACCACUACCUGAACGACAUCCCUCCAGCCAGCACCAGGAUCGCCGAGGCCGCGGUGUACAGAGACUGCCUGCUGUCUGCCACCAGCUACCUCAUCUCCCUGGAGGUCUCCCCACCGCCGACUCUCGCCCAGAACCUGUCCGGCUCUCCCCUCGUCGCCAUCCACCUCAGGCACAGACUGACUCGCAAGCAGUACAGCGUGGCCACCAACGGGAGCAACCACGUCCUCCUGUACUGUGCCUUCCUGGACUUCAGCUCCGGAGAAGGGGUCUGGUCCAACCAGGGCUGCGCCCGCACGGCGGGCAACCUCACCUACUCUGUCUGCCACUGCACGCACCUCACCAACUUCGCCAUCCUCAUGCAGGUGGUCCCGCUGCAGCUCGCACACGGACACCAGGUGGCGCUGUCGUCCAUCAGCUACGUGGGCUGCUCGCUGUCUGUGCUCUGCCUGGCUGCCACGCUCAUCACCUUUGCCGUGCUGUCCUCUGUCAGCACCAUCUGGAACCAGCGCUACCACAUCCAUGCCAACCUGUCCUUCGCUGUCCUGGUGGCCCAGGUCCUGCUGCUCAUCAGCUUCCGCCUCGAGCCGGGCACUGUCCCCUGCCAGGUGCUGGCCGUGCUCCUGCACUACUUCUUCCUGAGCGUCUUCGCGUGGAUGCUGGUGGAGGGGCUGCAUCUCUACAGCAUGGUGAUCACCGUCUUCGGGUCAGAGGACAGCAAGCACCUCUACUACUACGGGAUAGGGUGGGGGUCUCCUCUUCUGAUCUGUGUCAUCUCCGUGUCAUCUGCCAUGGACGGUUAUGGGACGAGUAACAACUGCUGGCUGUCGCUGGGGAGCGGUGCCAUCUGGGCCUUCGUGGCUCCUGCCCUGCUGGUCAUUGUGGUCAACAUUGGCAUCCUCAUCGCGGUGACCAGGGUCAUCUCGCAGAUCAGCGCCGACAACUACAAGAUACACGGAGACCCCAGUGUCUUCAAGCUGACAGCAAAAGCUGUGGCUGUGCUGAUGCCCAUCCUGGGAACCUCCUGGGUCUUCGGAGUGCUUGCUGUCAAUGACCGGGCCGUGGUCUUCCAGUACAUGUUUGCCAUCCUCAAUUCCUUGCAGGGACUUUUCAUCUUCCUCUUUCACUGCCUCCUGAACUCAGAGGUGAGAGCUGCCUUCAAGCAUAAAACCAAGGUCUGGUCCCUGACAGGCAGCUCCGGCCGCAACGGCAAUGCCAAGACCUUCAGUUCUGACAUCAUGAACGGGACCCGGCCAGGCACAGCCUCCACCAAACUCAGCCCUUGGGACAAGAGUAGCCAUUCUGCUCCCCGCGUGGACCUGUCUGCCGUGUGAUGGGAGAAGCUGCUGUGCAGGCCUGUCUGCUACCAGGAACAUGAGCCACCCUCCAAGCAUCACAAAACAAGCACCCUGCCCUCACCUGAGGGUCCCUCUCCUCACUGCUGUCUGGACACGGGAGUCACAGCCCUACCUGUGACUGAGUCCUGUGGACACCACAGCGGCGUGGUGCCCAGGAGGGCGUGUUCGGUGAUGGCAGGGGCUCCUGGUCUGUGUACCAGCUGCCCUCUGCAGACACCCAGGACAGGCAGUGGCCUCUGCUGCACAUGAGCCUCCCCUCACCACUCCGAGUGCAGAGCACUGGGCCCAGGAAGGCUGCAGCAGCACAAGGGAAAGUGUGUCCUCUGCUUUGACGGGGACACGGCACCUGAGAGGUGGGUCCUGUGUGGUAGCUGAGGGUCAGAAGGGAGCACGUCUUACCUGCUGAGUUGACCCCACAAGCUCCCUGAAGCCAGCACUGACCGACACAUGCUUCUCUCUGGCUGUGAUGCCAGUGUGGACUAGGCUUGUGUUAUGAGUGGUCGAUCCUGGUCCCUCUGUCCAUGUGAAGGGCUUUGGGCUGUAGGUCCUGUCUGUCCUGACUCUGGCUCUGUCCAUGGAGUAGAUGCCUCUGCCCUUGUCAGGAGCCUGGCAGAGCCACAGCCUCCCAACCUGACCGUGCAUUGCCCAGGGGAGCUUCUCAGACUGUUGUGAGUUCUUUCUGAACCCAAGGCCAGCCUUAAAACAUCCCCUUCCCUUGCACGAGAGCCACUUUUUGCUCACGGGACCCUCCAGAGCUGCCUGCCUCCUGCAUUCUCCUGGGUCUGGAUCUCUCCGUUCUGGACCUGACCCCACCCUAGAGGAUUCCUCAUCACUUAGGUCUCCCUUCCCUGCCACUGAGCAGAGCACAGCACACUGUUCCACACUCCUGCACAGGCAGAGCCCACCACAGCCCAGGCUGCCUGCUUUCCACGUGGCAGACCCCAGCCAAACCUGACUGCCCUGGCACAGAGCUGACCGUAGCUGGGCCUUCCAUGUGGACAUUAGUUUCUGGACUUGGGCUCAGCUCUGCAGGAAAUAUAGUAACUGUGACGACUCCAUCAGCGGGAUAUCUGUGGGACCCAAGUCUGGGAUCACACAUGUGAAUCCCAACACCUGUGAGACACUUGGCACCAGGCUGAGAUCUCCUGCAGAGUGGGCACAAGCUCAGUGAGUGUGUGGCCGAGACAGGCCUGUUUCUGAUACUGGAAAAUCUUCCUUUAACACUGUGACCAUGAGAGCAUUGACCCCUCCCUGUCCCCCACCACUGGACCGCAUCCAUCACUUAACAGGCUUCUCUGCCAUG